CUGGGAACCGGAGAGGGCGUCCUCGUUCCCCCUUCGCCUCGUUCCGCCCCCCCUCGUUCCUCCCCCCUCGUUCCUCCCCCCUCGUUCCUUUCCCCUCGUUCCUUCCCGUCGUCCCUUCCCCCUCGUUCCUUCCCCCUCGUUCCUUCCCGUCGUUCCUUCCCCCUCGUUCCUUCCCCCUCGUUCCUUCCCUCUCCCCUCGUUCCUUCCCUCUCGUUCCGCUUUCCUCAUUUCCCCUCGGUUUCCGUGCUGCAGGCGGAAGAGCAAGGCGUUUCCGUGCUGCAGGCGGAAAGAGCAAGGCGUUUCCGCGCUGCAGGCGAAGAGCAAGGCGUUUCCGCGCUGCAGGCGGAAGAGCAAGGCGUUUCCGCGCUGCAAGCGGAAGAUCAAGGAGUUUCCGCGCUGCAGGCGGAAGAGCAAGGCGUUUCCGCGCUCAUCCCUUCCCCUCUCCUCACCCCCCUCCAGCCGUGCAAGCAAUGCAACGCCGCCGCCGCCGCCGCCGCCGCCGCCGCACGCCUCGGCGCUAAUGCGGGCGGCCAUGGGGCGCUGCAGUGGCACCAAGGCACGGCCACUUGGUAA